GCCACCAGAGUCUACAUAGAGAUGUACAUACGCAGCUUCGGAUCUAUCAACCCCAUACACAUGGACUACACAGUGGACUUGUACCUGCGGCAGCGGUGGUUAGAACUGAGGUUCCUCAACAACUCGUUGACGCGGCCGCUGGACCUCAACGACCCGUUCCUUGUCAAGAUGUUGUGGAAGCCAGAAGUGUACUUCCCCAACGCCAAGGAUUCUGACUUCCAGUACGUCACCGUUCCCAACGUCAUGCUCAGGGUCCAUCCUGAUGGCACCAUCCUAUAUAUUCUUAGGUUGAAGCUGACCUUCUCGUGCAUGAUGGACCUCUCCAGUUUUCCCCUGGACCACCAGACUUGCUACAUUCAGAUCGCCAGCUUCGUCAAGACCACGCGGGAGUUGGAGCUGGUGUGGUACGAGCAUUUACCAAUCAAGAUGUACAAGAGACUCAAACUGCCCCAGUUUGAGAUAAAGGAGAUACGAGUAGACACCUGCAACCAGUCCUUCCAUAUUGGGAACUACAGCUGCCUUCAGGCUGUGUUUGAUCUGCGUCGUAACAUAGGUUACCACCUAGUUCAGUCCUACCUGCCAACCUCACUCAUCGUAGUGGUGUCGUGGGUCAGCUUCUGGCUUGACGUGGACGCUAUACCCUCCAGAGUGACUCUCGGAGUCACUACGCUUCUCACUGUCUGCUCUGAGUCCACCUCCUUCAGGGACAAAAUGCCCACAGUGUCAUACGUCAAGGCUCUGGAUAUCUGGAUGGGUUCGUGUACAGCCUUCGUCUUCCUGGCGCUGGUAGAAUUUACGGUAGUUAACCACAUCGCUCGCCACCACCGGCGGUUCCUUUACUGGGGUUCAGUGUACGGUAGAGAGACCAUCUCUCCCCAGGCGACUACCCCUCACCACCACCAGCAGCAAUCCAGAGCUCUCAGUAGGCUCUCCUCCAGCGAGUGUCCUACCCACGGCUCCAUCUACGCAUGUGUCCGUGCUGCCGCUCAGGGCAGUCACGGACUCUCCCUCACUCAGCGACACCACGCUAGUAAACACGUCCGGAAGAAAUCUACGGUAUCGCUAACUGUCGAGAGCAGAGCAGGUGAUGACGACGACAAAAGACGCAGGAAGAGCCAUGGUGACGAAGGAACACACCAGAUGGACUUCGCCGCCGAAGUCUCUAACCGUGGCUGUACCUCGGAAAUGACUGACGAAGGAGAUCCUCCAGUUGAGUCAGGCGGUGAAGACACUCGUCACAUCAACGCUUCCAGUCUCAGUGAGCUGGGCCACAACGAGAGCAUGUGUGCUCAUGCCCUUAGCGACGUUAAACUCUUAUGUCUGCCAUCACUGUGGCGCAGGAAGCCGUGUUAGCCAAGAGGAUCGAUAAGACAUGUAGGGCCCUGUUCCCAGUCCUUUUCAUUCUAUUUAAUCUCGUCUACUGGCUAUACUACCAAGUCUUUACCUGAUGACUCGUGACAUCUGUGAGAGUCCGUCAGAAUAUUUGUUGCAGCUUAUGGCUGUAAUGUUCAACUAGACAUAUUGUGCACCACAAUCACUUUCUCCGGCACCUCUGAAAAUUGUUCUACUGUCGAUUUUUGUCGCAAUUUUUGAUUAUCGGAUUUCUGAGUAAAAGUGUGGCAUUUUUAUUUAUACUUUGAAGUAUGUAUUACCAACAGUUAUUACCAACCGCCUUCUUUCUUUACCAAUUACACUCAGUGUCACAGUCACUGCCAAAUCCUUCUUUCCUUACCAAUUGCAUUCCAUUCCAGUUUUAUUGUCAACAACUGAUCGUCUUACCUGUUGCUGUAAGUGUUACAGUCACUAACAACUCCUGAUCUUCUUACAUAUUGCUUUCAGGGCCACAGACACUGUCAGCCCUCCGAUCUCCUCUUACUCGUCGUCAGUGCCACUCUCUUACUCAAACCGUAGUUUGUAUGCUUAUAUCAGGCCUCAAUGUCUGACACCAUCUUAUCUUUAAAGUGUCAGAUGUCACAAACCAUUCUGGUAAAUCCAGAAGCUUUGCACUAAUGAUGUUACUAAAAUCAUAUUCACGCCAUCACACCCCUGAAUGCUUGCGUGUUUAACUUAAGCGUUUCAGAUCUAAAACUAUUCAUGUUUCAUUAUCAGAAAUAUA